ACCAACAAUCACGAUAAGCCCAACCCAAACGCUUAAAUACCCUCAUCAGAGCCAAGGGACCGAUAACUCUGUGUAUAAACCCAAAAUACAGAACUCCUACUGCCCUAUACCCCAAAUGCAUCGAAAAGGGCACAUAAGGACCAACUACCAGAAUGAAAGCAUGAUAAUUAACACCCAAAGUGGAAAAGACAAUUUGCAUAAAAGUAAAACCCCUAGUAAAUCAAAUUCUACAACAUCCCUCGUGAAAUUAACUCAGAUAAAAUUUCAUUUUAUCAACAUUUCUUUUAUGUUCCUGCCACAGAGUCAUAGAAUGUACCAGGUGUUUUGGGUACGAGGCAGCUCGGUAACGGCAAAGUGAGAUUUCGUACAACUACAUAUUUUGAAAAUGGCUUCCUUCGAAGGAUCAUCGUUUGAGAUUCUAAAAUCCUGUGAGGACAAAAGAGACUACCGAGGAUAUGAACUUGAAAAUAAGAUGAAAGUCCUACUAGUGAGUGAUCCAACAACAGAGAAAUCUGCAGCCUCAGUGGAUGUACACAUCGGGAACCUCUCAGACCCAGCACAGCUUCCUGGUUUAGCUCAUUUCUGUGAACACAUGCUCUUUCUUGGUACAGAAAAGUAUCCAUCAGAGAAUGCUUUCACUGAGUUUCUCAACGAGCACGGUGGACACUCAAAUGCCUUUACCUCACAAGAACAUACAACUUAUUAUUUUGACGUUCGCUCAGAAUGUUUGCUGGAAGCACUAGACAGGUUUGCCCAGUUCUUUCUCUGUCCACUUUUCAACGAAGAUGCAAAAGAUAGAGAAGUCAAUGCAAUCGAAUCAGAGAAUCAAAAUAACUUAUUGCGAGAUCAUUGGAGACGCCAUCAGCUGUUAAUUUCUACAUGUGCGCCUGAUCACCCCUACAACAGAUUUGGAACAGGAAAUUUACAAACGUUGAAGACCUUUCCGGAAAGCGAAGGAAUUAACAUAAGAGAUGAACUUCUUAAGUUUCAUAAUGACCUGUAUUCGGCGAAUAUCAUGGCUCUUGUUGUGAUUGGUAGAGAAAGCAUUUCAGACCUAGAGAAAGCAAUACUUCCGUUAUUUAGUUUAGUUGAAAACAAAGGAAGCCAAGUUAAAGAGUAUCUGCAGCAUCCUCUUGGCCCUGAACAGUUACCAGUCCAGCUCGACAUCGUUCCUAUAAAAGACUCGCAAAAUCUACACCUAACAUUUCCAAUGCCAGAUCUUCAAAAGCAUUACGAAGCCAAGCCUGACCACUACGUAGCCCAUCUCAUUGGUCACGAAGGCCAUGGAAGUAUACUGUCUGUCCUUAAAAAGAAAGGCUGGAUUAACUCGCUGAGUGCUGGUUCAAGCAAAGGGGCAAAGGGAUUUUCUUUCUUUGUUGUUAACAUGGAGCUUACUGAAGAUGGAAUAGGACAUGUCGAUGAUAUUAUCACGAGUAUUUUUCAAUAUGUGAACUUGUUAAACGAUGCCGGUCCGCAAGAAUGGAUUUUUAACGAAAUUAAGGCGUUAGAUGAUAUGACAUUCCGCUAUAAAGACAAAGAAACUCCAUAUGGUUACGUUACAACGCUAUCACAUGCAAUUCAGAUGUAUCCUAUUGAAGAAGCUCUUUAUGCACCAUACAAAAUGAGCCGAUUUGACAAGAGCCUUAUAGAGCUGGUUUUAAGUCAUCUAAAGCCAUCAAAUCUACACGUUCAAGUGACUUCAAAAUGUCAUGAAGGGAAAACUAACUGCACAGAAAAGUGGUAUGGCACUGCUUAUAACGUCAACAAAAUAGCAGAGGAAAAGCUUAAAAUAUGGGAGGAAUGUGGAUUGAGUAAAGACUUUCAUUUGCCUCCACCUAACGAGCUGAUUCCAACAGAGUUCAAUAUGAAAGCGAAACCAUCAGAUGAGCUAAGUGAAGUCCCUGUGCUGCUCGAAGAAGAUGAUAUUUUCAGAGUUUGGUUCAAACAAGACAAGAAGUUUUGCCUCCCUAAAGCAUGCUUAUACUUCGAAUUUUCAAGUCCAGUCACAUUCAGUCAUCCUCGACACUGUGCGAUGGUGGAAAUAUUUCUCAAUUUGCUUCAAGACUCCCUCACCGAAUUUUCCUACGAUGCAGAAUUGGCAGGUGUAUCAUACAGAACUGAACUUCACGUUCACGGAAUCCAGUUAAGAAUCAAGGGCUACAACAGUAAACAAAGUGUGUUGCUGAAGAAAAUCGUCGAAAGGUUGGUGAAUCUGGAGAUGAAGCAGGAUCGAUUUGAUGUGAUGAAAGAGAAGAUUCAAAGAAAGCUAAAGAACUUUGAGGCAGAACAACCUCACAUGCACGCCAUAUUCUAUAUGUCAUACCUAUUGUCCGAGCAGGCCUGGGACAAAGUGGAAAUACUCCAGACCUUAGCAGAUGUGACACUUGAAAAGUUGAAAGCAUUCAUUCCAGAGUUCCUUGGUCAAAUGCACGUAGAGUGUUUGAUUGCUGGAAAUCUAACCAAAGAGGAAGGUAGAGAGAUUGUUCAUAUGGUGUCAAACCUCAUGAAAGAAAAUUCCAAUACGAAAGCUCUCUUUCCACUCCAAAGAAUUAGGCAAAGAGAAGUACAGCUCCCUGAUGGUGCUUAUUACAUUUAUGAAAGAAAACACAAAGUCCAGAAUAAUUCCUGUAUCGAAGUUUAUUAUCAGACGGAAAUGCAGUGUACCAGGAGCAAUGCAACGCUAGAGCUGUUUUCCCAACUCAUUGCUGACAAAUGCUUUGACCAGCUACGAACACAAGAACAAUUAGGGUAUAUUGUAUUUUCCGGUGUUAGAAGGGCAAAUGGUGUCCAGGGUUUGCGAUUCAUAAUCCAGUCAGAGAAGAAUCCUGCAAUCUUGGAUGAGAGAAUUGAGGCUUUUCUUUCGAACGCAAAGGAAAUAGUUCAAAAUCUUACUGAUAAAGAGUUUCAGAACCAUGUCAAUGCUCUUAUAAUGAAGAAGCUAGAGGAGCCGAAGAAAUUGUCAGAUGAAUGCAGCAAAUACUGGAAUGAAAUAACAACCAAAGAGUAUAACUUUAGAAGGCCAAUAAUGGAGGCCGAAGAACUAAGAAAAAUUGAGAAACACGACGUUGUCAACUUUUAUGAGUCCCUGCUCUCCUCCACUGCUCCGCAGCGGCACAAGAUAUCGGUUUACAUCCUCGGCAAUGGCUCGAAAGAGCACAAAAAUGUCCAGGAGGCUGAAGAACCACAGACUGGUCCAGAGUACAUCACAGAUGUCCUUAGUUUCAAGAGCAGUCUUCCACUUUUCCCAGUUUUGCGUUCCACUAAGACACACUGCAAGACAAAGGCUAAGUUGUGAGUUUGUAUUGGGCCAGCUAGGAAUUUUUGAAAACUAGUACUUUUGCAAUUUUAAUAAAGAUAUAUAAAGAACCACACGCAAAGCCAUGUCUGGAAUAUUUACGUGACACAAUUCACGAGUGUUAUGAAUAGAUGUGGAAGGCAAACCAGCAUUUUUAACUUAUGCAGACCCCACUGAUGACAAGAAUUUCAGUAUUCAAGAAUGUUUCGAAUAAUUCUAGAAUUGUUACUUUAUGCUGGCCUAAGUGCUUUUGCCCCACAUUGUGGCUAUUACCGAAGGCAUACACUGUGGAAAACAAAAACCCUUUUAUUCGAUCCUGCUCAGCCACUUUUUAAUUUAUUAAGCAGCAGUAAAGAAUACACUAGUCCAAGAACUUUUUCAUACACUACCACUGUUCCAGCCUACAGUCCAGUUUUUAUAUUUGAAGGGCCUAAAAUAGCUUUGCAAAAGGACAUCUAAAUGCCCUUUCGUAAAUCACGGUAGUAUCUCGAACAACAAGCAGCAUCUUCGAAUGGUUUACUUUCAACCUUUAAGGCCUCAAGGAGAGCAACGCUGAGGCGAAAAGAUCAGCUUACCACAAUUUAUUGAUGACUCAAUACACUAGGCUCGCUAAAAGUUUAUUGCAAGUCAUGUAUUUCAAAUAUGAUCUUCAUAUCGACAAAGCUAAGUGAUCAUUAUCAUAGUCGUUAAAGAUACAUUAAUCUAGGCUAGCUUUGAAAAGAGGCGGCUCCUAAAUUGCUGAGUAGAAAUCCAGUGCCUUACACUAAUUUUAAUAAAAAGUCAAUUUCAAUGCUACGAUACCUUUUAGUCGACCUAUGUGGAAAAAGUUCUAUGAUCAGUAGAGGCAUCUUAAUAAUUGCAACAAUAUAUGCAGAUUUUUAAUAAGAGGCGCAUGCAGCCAUUUUUUUCAUAAAGAACUAUUUGCUAACAACACCAAAUGAACUUUAAAGCGAGACGAUUGAUAGUAAGAAAUGAUGAGGUUUUUAUGUAGCUAGGACCUGAGAUGGGAAUGCUAAACCUCUUUAUAAUUAUGUGUAGAAUAAUAUUUGAGCAGCUUAAAAGCAACGUCCAAGCGUCCCGGACAUUACCCUUAAAGUCUUAAAGCUUUCGUCAGACAAAGAAUGAAAAAGAGGGGUUGGUUUGUUUACUGUUUUAUUUCUUUUCAUUGGCCUUGGCACUGUCGUUGACCAUGUGGCCGCCAUAUUUGCUGAGCUCUGCUUAUAAGAUGUCGGAUUUUUGUUAGAGAAAAGGCUUUUGAUGUUGUGGUGUGGUAUAAAAGUGAUUUAGUAUGCUGUAGCUCUGAUAUAUUUAAUUUGUGUUUUGUAUGAAGGUUUUCAAACCAUAUAAAGAUGUAAAAAAGAUCAGUAACAUAAUCCGAACCUUAUUUUAAUGUAAGCAAAUAUUUGAUCAUCAUGACUGGAAAAUGUUUCCAGGAAUGUGGUUUUGUUUGACACCCCUCCCCUUUUAUCUUCAAGAUUUUUGCAUUGCAGAGUAUAGAGAGCUAAUGAAAACAGUAAAUCCCUUAAUCGUGUCUUAUAACUUCAAAGAAAUUAGUUGACAAGGGUGAUAAAAGUAAACAAUUUUAUACACAUAAUAUAUUUCUGUUUGUCAUUGUAGCAGAUUUGUUGUUGUGUCUUUUAUCAAUGGAAAGGUCUAUUCGCA